UCAGAAUAUGGAAAAAUACCUUUCUCGGAUGUGAAGGUUACCAGAAGGAGAAACCUCUUCAUGGGUCGUAAAUGGAGAACUGUUGAUGUCAAAAUAGCUGUAGGGAUGCUAGGUGUUCACUUGCUUGCACUUUUCGCGCCCUUUACGUUUACUUGGGGUGCAUUCUGGGCAGGUUUUACCACCUAUGUAUUGUGCGGAAUUUUUGGUAUAACUUUGUCGUAUCAUCGUAACCUAGCACACCACAGUUUCAAGCUUCCCAAAUGGCUUGAGUACACCUUUGCUUAUCUUGGAGUCCUAACUGUUCAGAGGGAUCCCAUAUUUUGGGUGAGCAUGCAUAGAUAUCAUCAUCAGUUCGUUGAUUCCGAGAAAGACCCACACUCUCCAAUAUUCGGAUUUUGGUUUAGUCAUAUGGGAUGGAUCUUUGAUAGCGGUUAUAUUUUUGAAAAGUAUCAAGAGCGUAAAAAUGUAGAGGAUUUAAAGAAUCAAGCAUUUUAUAGAUUCAUCAAGAGAACAUAUAUACUCCACCCAUUUGCGUUUGCUGCCCUCAUUUAUCUUUUUGGUGGAUUUACCUACCUCGUUUGGGUCGUGGGAGUUGGAGCCAUAUGGGGAUAUCACAUGACUUUUCUCGUGAACUCGGCCUGCCAUAUAUGGGGAAACCAGACAUGGAACACUGGAGAUCUCUCCAAGAAUAAUUGGUGGGUAGCAUUGGUUACUUUUGGUGAAGGGUGGCAUAAUAAUCACCAUGCAUUUGAGUUUUCAGCUCGACAUGGGUUAGAAUGGUGGCAAAUUGACUUUUGUUGGUAUGUGAUAAGGCUUCUUGAAGCAAUCGGGUUAGCCACAAAUGUCAAAUUACCAACCGAGGAUCACAAACUUAAGAAGUCGUUUGCUUCUUGAUACAACUCGGGCCGGCCCAACAGCGAUUCCAGCAGCACCAGGUCCAUCCGCAGUCAACAGGCCCAAGCGAAAUGUCCUGAAGCCCAACUGAUUUAUGGAUUGAAGCUCAAGUUAUUUAAUUAUGUAUUUUGUUUGCAUUUAGGAUCCACGUUUCUUUUAAGUCACAUGUUUAAUUGUUGCAAGUAGGUUAGUGGUGCUUGUCAUGUAGGUAGUUAUGCAUGAUCUCCAUGAAAUAAGGGACAUGGGUGAUGAGCCUUGGUCUCCAGCAUGUUUAAAUUCUGCAUUUUUGUUUGGAAAAUAUAUCAGAAAAUUGCC